GGCGGCCUUGCUGAAAUGGACUGAGGAAUAAAAGAUGGAUCACUUAGGGCAGCACGUGUCCCUGAGCCUAGGAAGGGAUAUUAUGGCUAUUGUCGCCUCUAGUGGAUCUUGGAAAGAAACCCGGAACGAGAUUAUGAGGAAGUACCUGAAGGCAGAGAAAAUGGCAACAGAAGCCGAAUUGGCAGCAGUCCAAAGGAAGACCUAUGCCACUUGCAAUGACUUCCUAAGGGCGUUUACUCUAGUGGCACUAGGAAUUUCCGGGGUAACAGACCGUAUGAUGAGUAAGUAUUUCCUCAGGCAGUUUUCCAAGUUCGACAAGGAUAACAUUUUGUCGGCCUACCAGCAGACCAGUAAGUUCGAGUACACGAGGGACGUGGACUGUAGCAUCGUAACAGACCUCGCAGAAAAGACAGUGGUGACCGAUACGCUAGCCCUGCUUAGGGAAGGGGAGGUUAUAGACUUGACUGGGAAGACGGGGGAUAAGGUCAAGAAGGGGAUAGAGAGCCUGCACGAACGAGUGCACGGGGUUGACAACAAGAUAGAAAGAGUGGAAAAUGCGCUAUUAGUAAUGCAGGCGCAAGUGUCCCGACCCGCCCUCCCGCCCCAAGAGGCCGUAGUUUCGGCUGCAGUAGCGAAUCGGGGGUAUGGCAGAAGGGAUCCGGCCAAUGAGCAAUGCAAGUAUUGCACAAUGGUCGGACAUUUCGUGCGGACCUGCCCAAGACUCAACCAUGAUAUCAUGAGGCAGAGAUGCAGCAGGUCCCUCAAAGGUGAAAUUUUCGGGCCUCAAGGAGAGCGCAUAAACUGGAACUCGCCAGGAGGAAUGCAGCGUGUCGUCAUCCUCCUGAAUAAUCUUGACAUAGCUGCCGUAGAAGCAGAGCCGGUAGCUGACAUUGUCUGGGACCAACCGAGAGGACGCGUACCACAGGCGAAUUUCAUCCUGGAAGGUAAUGGGCAAGAUAGGGUGAACAUCACCACCCACCGGGCAGGGGCAGAAAAGAAACUUAUUCGAGAUAUGGUAAUAGAAGAGGUCGCGGGGACUAGUGCAGACCAAGGGGAUCUAGAGGACCUGGAAAAAGCCUUUGCAGACAUCCGUCUAAGCCUACCGGACCGAGAGGGUGGUGAAGUCAUGAGGUCACCACUCGGGACAAAACUUAGCUUCCAUGCAUUGCCCGAAGGGAAGUUGAAAGUCCAGAUCGAAACCCACCACACAGACGCGUUAGUGGAUGGUGGUGCGGAAAUUACCCUUAUACGAGACUUUGCAACAGUUACGGGUUGCACCGUAAACAAGGAAGUAACGGGGAAUAUCUGGGGAGCUAGCGGGGAGAUUCCCUUCGCAGAGUAUGUUACGAAAUGCGCAGUCAGGGCAGGGAUCAGGGAAUCAAUCUGGUCCUUCCAGCGGAUGACCGUGAUGGAAGAAAUGGACCAUGACAUAAUUCUCGGAAGACCGUGGUGCGCCAAUGUAGAGAUGAUAUGUAUGCAUCUGCAUGAUGGCAUAUACAUGGUGGAUAUAGAGGACCCCGUGACCGGUCGUGGAGAACUCCUCCGACUCCUUGGGACAGGAGGGGAUCCCCCGAAGGGCAAAUUGGCAACGUGGUCGCCUACGUUCGAAGAGAGUGCGCGAAAGGGGGCAUUCGCACGAAUGGAAGGUGUGAGGGAAAGAGUAGAGAUUAUGAUUGAGGAGACUUUUAGUAAGAAGGAGUGGAUCAAGAUAGGUCUGCCUCUGAAGAAAAGGAGGCAAGAGGAUGAGGUGCUAGGGGUUAUGGUGGCGGAGAAGGAGGUGGAAGUCGAGCUUGGGGCCAGCCUGCCCAAAUCAAAGGAAGACCGAAAGGAAACUUCGGAGGGAGUACUGGAAAUUCCAGACUUGUUACAGCUCGUUAAGGCCAUCAGGUACCACAAAGUGGGAGUGGACCCAGCGGCGCUUGCCAAAUUCGAAGAUGAGGUCCGAAAAGGCUAUUGCCUGAAUGGGAAGGUAUUUAGCUUUGCCAAGAUAGCUGAACCUAUUCGCGCAAUGAUUAGGGAAGGAGGGACCAUGGAGUGGACUGAGUAUAGCGAGGCGGCAGUCCAGACCCUCAAAGAUGUCCUGUCUUCCGAUCAAGUCACCUUGGCAGCACCUUGCUUCAAUGACGAAGUAGGACGACCCUUUAUCCUAGAAACGGACGGAGGACCCUUGGCGGUAGGGCGAGUACUGAUACAGAGAAGUGAGGAGGGCAAGGAAAGACCCAUCAGGUUUGAGAGUAGGACCCUAAAUUCGCCAGAGCGGCGGUACUCACAAUUCAAGAAAGAGGUUCUAGCUAUCCUGCAUUGCCUUAAGACCUUCCAAGCGUACCUAUCCGGGAGACGGUUUAUCAUGAGAACCGAUCCGACCAAUGUCGCCGGAGCACUAAAGAACUACAAGCCUAUAGACCCGGCCAUUGGGAGGUGGAUAGGCUUCAUAUGGCAGUUCGACUACAAGGUCGAGCGAAUUGCAGGGCUCCGAAAUAGGGCAGACGGGCUGAGUCGGGUUUGCAUUACGCCGGAGGGAGUAGAGGAUGCGGAACCAAUCGACGCCUUCCUAGAAUACAAAGGGGGGACCCUUGUCGUAGAUAACGAGAUGGCAGGCACCGCUCCUACAAUGGACCAACUGCUGAUUCAGACCCUAAAAAAGGGCGCGCCCGCCAUAGUUGCGGAACUCAGGGAAGGGCCAGUCAUCACGUUUAGACGCAAGGAUGAGAAGGAUUCGUGGGGAGCAACGAUGGGGCCAAAGGAAGAGCUGAUGGCAAUGGCCGUUGAAGGGGGACGGAAUGCUGUGAUGAAUCUUAGAAACUUGGACGCGAAAAGAGCGGCGGUAUCUAGUGAAUCAGGCUAAGGAGGGGCAAGACACCGAUCAGAAGGGACGAUAAUUCUUCCUUAUACAGAUGUAUGAUGGCGUCUUUAGAGAAAUCGGUCUGCUGCUUAUAGGAAACAAGCAGCCUAGGGAAGUCAGCCUCAAGGCAAGGGAGGAAGCCGAAAAGUAUGUUUUGAGGAACGAUCACUUGUUCAAGAAAGAAGAAGGAAUGAUGCCUAGGCGAGUCGUGUGCGGAAGGUCUAGGCAAUUGGACAUA